ACUGGCCAAGCUAUCGAUGUUUCUGCGUUUUACGUCAGCUCUAGUCCCACCUCUAGUACGCCCAGCUCCAAUUGGACAGAUUAUCCCGCCCGAAUUUAAUUUAGUCUGCGACUAGACAAGUACAUUUUUCAAAUGUUUGUGCCCGAAACGGAGGAUAUGCUGCCCAGGUCGGCGCCCAGACCAAGUGCAGCGGUGCCCAUGGGCCACAACAACGAAAUCGUUCGGCCCACUGUGCCGGAGGUGUCCAUAUUGUUUGGCCAGCCGCCACAGGAUCAACAGACGCAGAUGCAGCAGCAGCAGCAGCCGCAACUGGAGCCAUCUCCUCGAGCUCCACCCACUUUCGCGUCCUGGAAGAAGCAGAUGCUGCCCCGGGUCAACUUCUCGCCCAUCCUGGCCACGGAACUGGGACCCAGAACUGCGCCAAGCAAUAACAAUAGCCCGUGCUCCCCAAAGGAGUACAUCAUAAUGCCCAGAGAUCGCAACUACACAAACGAUGCACCACUGAGUGCCAAUCACAUGUCCAGUAACUCGGCGGCGUAUAGUGCCGAGCCCAAGCAGCAGGUCUAUCAAUCCCGCCGCUUGUCAAGCUCAGCCAACUCUGAUGUCCUGACGAUUUGUGCUGGCACACAGACCGACACCUUUAUUCCAUCGCCCCCGCGGAACUCGUUGCCCCCGGUGGUCUACUCCGACAUAGAUGUCAGCAACCUGGCCAACAAGAGUGAUCUGGCGGCACUGGUGUCCCUUUUGGAGUCCAUGCGGCAGGAACAACAGCAGCUGAGGAAUCUCUGCGAGUUGCUACUGAAGCAACAGCAGCGGACGAAACCCGAAGCCAUUUCCGUAGCCAGCAGGACAACUGCCAGCCAAUGUGAUAUUUUGACUACCAACAAUGCAGGCAGACGAAUAUCUCCAAUCAUACAGGAUUACAUAGCCGAGGAGGAGGAACCACUGCCUUCGCACCAAGCUCGCGUGAUCCCCCAAUUCCAGUCUCCUCGACCCAAUUCGCCAAUGGCUCAAUCUACGGCCUACCGGGCCAAUACGCCACAGGGCAAACGGAUUCCCCAACUGGCCAAGCCAAACACCGAGAAAAGCUUGGUGAUGAACGAGCUGGCCUUGAAGUACUUGCGCCAACCCGUCGACGAACUGAUGAAGGAUAUGCGCCUGGGCGCAUCGCCGAAGUCACCUAAUCCCGAACCGCUGCGCCAGAUCGACAAUCUCGCUCACUCACAGAGUCCCAACGACAUUUCAAAUGCUUCGUACAAGUACCUCAAGAAAUAUCGCCUGCUGCCAGAGGAGCAAAUGGAACACGCUCGCCCCCAAUCUCCGAUGGUGGCGUCUGCCUCUUCGCCGCGUAUGCAGCUGGACCUGGAGAACAUCAGGAACCAGCCGAAGCUGCUGUGAAAGCAAAGCCCAUUUUCGUUUUGUUAUUUAUG